ACAUAAUAUAAAAGUACUUUUUUUUAUCUUCUUUGAAAAAUAGUCAAGCAUGCAAAUAUAUGAUAUAUAAAAAAAAACACUAUUAGGGUUCUUUUUCCAUUUAACCUAAAUCAACUUGAUUCAUUAUUUCAACCCACCUUUCAAGUUUCUCUCACUGUUACACUCUUUCUCUCUCAAAAGGGUCACUGAAAAGAGAGAGAGAGACUGAGAACGAAGAGCAAAAUCUUGCCUUUUUUCUCUUUCUUUCUCUCCAAACAAAACACCAUUUUUUGUUACAGAGAGAGUUUUGAGACAUUGGUGUUUCUUAUUUGACCCUUUGUCUCCUUAAUCUCUCUGUCUUUGUUCUUUGUGUUUUUUUUCUUUUUUCUUGCAAAGUUCUGUACUUUUUUGAACUUUUUGAUGAUUCUGCUGACACCAAGAUUUACUUGUGAUUAAGGGGUUGGAAAAAGUUUUGAACUUUUUGGAUUUGGGUGGUUUUUUUUAUUGAAGAAAAAAAAGUGGGGUAUUUGAUGAGUUUUGGGGGGUUUGUAGAGAACAAUUCAGGAGGUGGUGGAGGUGUAAGAAACAUAGGAGAAAUUUCUUACAACAACGAAAGAAUGCCAUUUGGUUCUUUCUCUCAACCUCGUCUUGUUACUUCUCCAGCUUUGGCUAAAUCAAUGUUCAACUCACCUGGAUUAUCACUUGCACUUCAAACUAAUAUUGAUGGACAAGAAGAUGUGAAUGGAUCAAUGCAUGGGAAUUAUGAGCAAAAUGGUUUGAGAAGAAGUAGAGAAGAGGAACAAAGUAGAUCUGGUAGUGAUAACUUGGAUGGUGUUUCUGGUGAUGAACAAGAUGCUGAUGAUAAGCCUCCUAGGAAGAAGAGAUAUCACCGACACACUCCUCAACAGAUUCAAGAGCUUGAAAGUUUGUUUAAGGAGUGUCCUCACCCAGAUGAGAAACAAAGAUUGGAACUUAGCAAAAGGCUUUGUUUGGAAACAAGACAAGUUAAGUUUUGGUUCCAAAAUCGAAGAACACAAAUGAAGACUCAAUUGGAAAGGCAUGAGAACAAUUUGCUUAGGCAAGAGAAUGAUAAGCUUAGAGCUGAGAAUAUGUCUAUAAGGGAUGCAAUGAGGAAUCCUAUUUGUUCCAAUUGUGGUGGUCCAGCUAUGAUCGGCGAGAUUUCACUCGAGGAACAACACCUUCGAAUCGAUAAUGCGAGGUUGAAAGACGAGCUAGACCGAGUUUGUGCACUUGCUGGAAAGUUUCUAGGCCGUCCGAUUUCUUCGUUACCAAAUUCAAGUUUAGAGCUUGGUGUUGGAGGAAACAACAACAAUGGUUUUAAUGUGAUGAACAAUGUGCCUUCAACAUUACCUGAUUUUAGUUCAGGAAUGUCUAAUAACCCUUUAGCCAUUGUGUCUCCUUCAAAUAGACAAACAUCUAUGGUGACUACUGGCUUUGAUAGAUCGGUUGAAAGGUCUAUGUUUCUUGAACUUGCUUUGGCUGCUAUGGAUGAGUUGGUUAAGAUGGCACAAACUAGUGACCCUCUUUGGAUUAGGAGUAUAGAAGGAGGAAGGGAAAUUUUGAACCAUGAGGAAUAUAUGAGAACAUUCACUCCUUGCAUUGGUUUGAAACCUAAUGGUUUUGUUUCUGAGGCCUCAAGGGAAACUGGUACUGUCAUCAUCAAUAGCUUGGCCCUUGUUGAAACUCUUAUGGACUCGAAUCGUUGGAUAGAGAUGUUUCCUUGUAUCAUUGCAAGAACCUCCACAAAUGAAGUGAUAUCUAAUGGAAUAAAUGGAACAAGAAAUGGUGCACUUCAACUAAUGCAAGCUGAACUUCAUGUGCUAUCGCCUUUGGUUCCGGUUCGCGAGGUAAAUUUCCUUAGGUUUUGCAAGCAGCAUGCAGAAGGUGUUUGGGCUGUGGUUGACGUGUCUAUAGAUACCAUCAGAGAAACUUCUGGUGCUACAAGUUUUGUGAACUGUAGGAAGCUUCCCUCUGGUUGUGUUGUGCAAGAUAUGCCAAAUGGUUACUCCAAGGUGACAUGGGUGGAACAUACAGAAUAUGAGGAAAAUCAAGUCCACCAGCUGUAUAGACCUCUGUUGAGCUCAGGUAUGGGGUUUGGUGCGUCUCGCUGGGUCGCUACCCUACAACGCCAGUGCGAGUGCCUUGCCAUAUUAAUGUCCUCUGCCGCUCCCUCUCGAGACCACUCCGCAAUAACAGCAGGAGGAAGGCGAAGCAUGCUGAAGCUUGCACAACGAAUGACUAACAACUUCUGUGCCGGUGUCUGUGCCUCCACGGUCCACAAAUGGAACAAACUUAACCCUGGUAAUGUUGACGAAGAUGUGAGGGUGAUGACACGAAAGAGCGUCGAUGAUCCUGGUGAGCCACCAGGGAUCGUGUUGAGCGCAGCCACGUCAGUAUGGCUCCCGGUUUCACCUCAAAGACUGUUCGAUUUUCUGCGCGACGAAAGGCUCCGUAGUGAAUGGGAUAUACUGUCUAAUGGUGGUCCUAUGCAAGAGAUGGCUCAUAUUGCUAAAGGACAAGAUCAUGGCAACUGUGUUUCUCUUCUCCGUGCUAGUGCAAUGAAUUCUAACCAGAGUAGCAUGUUGAUACUACAAGAAACAUGUAUAGACGAAGCGGGGUCGCUUGUUGUCUAUGCGCCGGUCGAUAUUCCAGCUAUGCAUGUUGUCAUGAAUGGUGGCGAUUCAGCUUAUGUUGCAUUACUACCCUCCGGCUUUGCCAUCGUCCCUGAUGGUCCUGGGUCACGUGGACUAGAGAAUGGCGAUGCGACCGCAAAUGGAGGUGGCGAGGCGCGUGUAAGUGGGUCCCUUUUAACGGUGGCGUUUCAAAUCCUUGUGAAUAGUCUUCCUACAGCAAAACUCACCGUGGAGUCAGUUGAAACAGUGAACAAUCUCAUUUCAUGCACUGUUCAGAAAAUCAAAGCAGCACUUCAAUGUGAAAGCUGAGUCACGUGACUUAAGUGGUUUUUCUUAAAUUUUUUGUUUUUCUAUAUCUACUACUAUUGCUAUUGUUUUUGUUGUUGUUGUUUUGGUAAUGGAUGAAAGAAAAGGGUAAAAAUGUAAUUGGUGGGAUUUGGGGUGUGUUUGAGUCAAGAACGAACCACUCAUGGAAAAAGAAAAAGGUUCCUUGCAUGGUGGUAAGGAUAUCUAUCUUUUUAGGGUUAGGUUCCUUAACACAAGGCAAGGAUCGUGGUUCGGGUAUUGACUCUUGUUUGUUUCCCCUAGUUUGAAAAAACAUCAAUGAAAGGAAUAGUGGAAUAUGACACAAUUUUAUCAUAAUUACAAAUAAUAUGGUUUUUGUU